AUGGUGAUUCAUUCGGGGGCAGCAGUUUGUUUGACACCAGUUGGUUUAGCAUACCAACCUCAUUAUACCACCUUGGAGCAAAGAGACGCCGCAGGAGCUGCAGCACCUGCUGAGAGGCGGAGGGCGGGCGUGGUCGCGCAGCGCCCGGGCGUGGAGGGGAGGGGUCCGCUACCGAUUUCGCAGCGGGCGGAGCGCUCGCGUGGCGUCCUGGUAUCCGGGCGAGUUUUCCUCGCGAGGCGCACGGAACUUUCGGUCUUCCCCGGGUCUUUCUCCCUUGGGUUCGACUGCCCCGUGGGCUCCGGCAGCCGGGCCGGCGGCCCCUCCGCGGGCCCCGCCAGGCCAAACCCCGCCAGCAUGGACCCCGCGGCGGAGCUGGUCGGCUACGUGAACGGCCGCGAGAUAAGUCCAAAACUCUUCUCAGAAGAUGAGUCUCUGCCAUUGGGUUCAACUCAAGAACCGAUAUUUCCUCCGGAGCUAAUGGACCCUGUUCAGUGUCGUAGCCUUGCAGACAAGUAUGAGAGUGCUAUAGAAGAUCUUCAAUCUAGACAUCCCUGCAGCACACUAAACUAUGAGGUGAAAUACGUAUGGGAUGUUAAGGACACUUUUAUAUGGAAUCCCAAAGCCUGCUUGUUGUUCCCAAAGGAGGGGAUCAAGAAAUUGAUGUCUGUGUUUCUACGGUUUCCCAAAUACAUACAGGACAUAGUUGCUGUGACCUUGAAGCUCCCAGCUAACAAGGUCGUGUGUCAUGCAAAGCGUGGUGGUAGGAUGUUUGAGGGGAAGACCAAUAAAACCGGCAUCAUGGCAGCCAUCACCACAUUUGUUGCCAACAAACAUGGUCGUGCUGUCAGUUUCAUUGUGGAGCGAGAAGACAUGUUAAUAACUGGAGGCCACCACCCUUACCUUGGAAAGUACAAAGCUGGCUUCAUGAAUGUUGGCAGAAUGUUGGCCCUGGAUAUGGAGUAUUAUAGCAAUGGAGGUGCCUCCCUGGAUGGAUUAUUAUUUGCGCAGCUGAUCAGUGAGUCUUGGAUCACUGAAGCUGCAGCCAGCUGUGGUUUGGCUCCUGAGAAGGUCCGAAUGAUGAACAUGUACAGGAAAUUGAUCAAACAAGAGAUUAAUGCCAAGGCCCUGAUUCAGUGUUGGAAAGAAUGUAUGUCCGUGUCUUCCUUCUCUCUGAGGAAAGAAGGCAUGGAAAAAUUCAAUUCAGAGACUUAUUGGAAGAAAAAAGGGCUGGCUGUGGUCCCCCUGAAGUUUUCUGUCAGCUUUGGCUCAGUCGCUGCUGGUCAGGCUGCUGUCCUGGUUCCCAUUUACCUGGAUGGGUCUGUGCUGAUGACUCAUAGUGGAAUCAAAAUGGGUCAGGGGGUCCACACUAAAAUGAUUCAGGCACGAGUUGCUUUUGAUGAAAGCGGUAGUCUUGCAGUUGCUGAAUACUUCAGAAUUUUUGAGGGCCAGAAACCUGGGAGUGGCUUAUCUGGAUGAUUCGGGCUCGGGAUUUUUCACGAGGUUGCCAUCAAGCUGUCAGAACAUCUAAACAGACAUUGGCAUGGAUGUUGGCUUCAGUAUAAAUCCAGCCCUUGACAGAGGCCAGGUAUGUGUACCUGCUUUGCCUCAAUCCCUUUUGUAAAAGCCAUAACUGCUCUGGAUGUCUAUAGAGAAAACAUUCCAUCCAGCUUAUUCAUCAUCUUAUUUUUCUGCCCCUGAAGUCAGAAUCUGUCUAUCCAGCCCAGCCACAGAACUCAGAUCUCUUAUUGUUUAAAAAAGAGAAGGAAAAAAGGAUGUUUUGAAUUAGUGUUUGAAGAGACAUACGGUCUGUGAUUGAGGAUCUUGAGUGAGGCAGAAGCGAGCCUAGAGGUGACAAUAUGGGCCCGAUGCCAGUGAGAUCAGAAGUAGAC